GUCCGUGUCGCGUCCAGCUCAGAUCAGAUCUCAUCCAAUCUUCAUGCAGAGAAAAAAAUCGGAAAGAAGAAGCAGCGAAUUCUAACCUGACCACAAAACUCGGUCUUUUGUCUUUCUUCCUCUUCCCUGACCUCCCCCCAAUCAGGCAAUCCAUCCAUCAAUCACUGGAGCCACCGACGGACACGGGAUCGGCGUCGCGCACCGCAAGGAAAGGAAGCACCGAAUCCCAACCCGAUCCGCGUAGCUCGCCGCUCGAAGGCGGCAGCGAUGAGCUUCCGGGACGAGAGCGGCGGCGAGGAUGGCGGCGGCGCGUCCGACCUGCGGAAGCCGCUGCUGCACACGGGGAGCUGGUACCGGAUGUCCGCCGCGGCCGGGCUCGGCUCGCGCCAGUCGUCCAGCCUCAUGGACCGGCUCGGCUCCUCCGCCUACGCGCUCCGCGACGGCGCCGUCUCCGCCGUGCUCUGCACGCUCAUCGUCGCCCUCGGGCCCAUCCAGUUCGGCUUCACCUGCGGCUACUCCUCGCCCACCCAGGACGCCAUCAUCGCCGACCUCGGUCUCUCCCUCUCCGAGUUUGCGUUGUUUGGAUCCUUGUCCAAUGUCGGGGCCAUGGUAGGCGCCAUUGCGAGUGGCCAGAUCGCCGAGUACAUCGGACGGAAAGGGUCUCUGAUGAUCGCUGCGAUUCCAAACAUCAUUGGGUGGCUCGCUAUAUCAUUUGCAAAAGAUUCCUCAUUUUUGUUUAUGGGUCGGUUGCUGGAAGGAUUUGGAGUCGGUGUAAUAUCCUAUACGGUUCCAGUUUAUAUAGCAGAAAUUGCUCCACAGAACAUGAGAGGAGCUCUUGGUGCUGUCAAUCAGCUAUCUGUUACAAUCGGUAUAUUGCUUGCGUACACGUUGGGCAUGUUUGUUCCCUGGAGAAUUCUUUCUGUUCUCGGCAUUUUACCAUGCUCAAUCCUGAUACCUGGAUUGUUCUUCAUCCCCGAAUCACCAAGGUGGCUGGCAAAAAUGGGAAAGAUGGAGGAUUUUGAAUCUUCACUGCAGGUCCUGCGAGGAUUUGAAAGAGACAUCACAGCUGAAGUAAAUGAAAUAAAGAGAUCAGUUGCGUCAUCGAGAAGGAGGACAACCAUAAGAUUUGCAGAUAUCAAGCAGAAGAGAUAUAGUGUUCCUCUUAUGAUAGGAAUUGGUCUCCUUGUGCUUCAGCAGCUAAGUGGUGUCAAUGGCAUUCUGUUUUAUGCGGCAAGUAUCUUCAAAGCUGCUGGUAUCCAAAAUAGUAAUCUAGCAACAUGUGGUUUGGGAGCAGUUCAGGUGAUUGCGACUGGAAUAACAACCUGGUUGACUGACAAAGCUGGCCGACGACUACUUCUCAUUAUCUCUACUACAGGAAUGACCAUUACUCUCGUCGUUGUUUCAGUCUCAUUUUUUGUGAAGGACAACGUAACAGAGGGUUCUCAUUUAUACUCUAUAAUGAGCAUGCUUUCGUUGGCUGGACUUGUGGCAUUUGUGAUCUCAUUUUCUCUUGGCUUGGGAGCUAUCCCGUGGAUAAUAAUGUCUGAGAUUCUUCCUGUUAAUAUUAAGAGCCUUGCUGGAAGCGUGGCCACCCUUGCGAACUGGAUGACAUCAUGGCUCAUCACGAUGACCGCGAGCUUGAUGUUAAGCUGGAGCAAUGGAGGAACCUUCGCUAUAUACGCCGCGGUGUGUACCGGUACCCUUCUUUUCGUAUGCUUGUGCGUGCCUGAGACCAAGGGAAGAACGCUCGAGGAGAUCGCCUUCUCGUUCCGCUGAAAGCCCAGAAGUACACGGAGGCCAAACUACGAGCAAUUAUACACACGACGGCUGUUUCAGGCCGGCCCAGUAUACUGUUUGAUUUAAACUUCGGCAUCCGCCAAAAUUUUGAGCAGAAUUGGCUCCAUGAGCUACCUGAGUCGGUCCACGAGGUUCUGUAGCCGUGCGGCCAUGCUUUGCUUGGAUCUGUAUCACCAUGUGUUGUUGUAAUAGUGUAUGUGCAAAUGUGCAAUAGAAUGGGAGAUGGGGGUGGAAAGCAGCAGAUAGAAGAGACACACGGCUACUACUAGACCCUUUUGCAGGGGAGUGUGCAGUAGAAAGAGCAAUUUGUUGGUUUGAUUCAGCGGCUGAGCUUUAUAGAAUAAUGGAGAUGUAAUGCCAAAUAAUAAAGAUGUAGAGGUACCCUGGAAGUCAGCUGCAUCCAAUUUUUUUGCCUGGUUA